GGGGUGGAUUUACUGGGACUCAGACAGCAGACCGGCUGUCCCAAGCUGCGCUGAUCCUUCACUCUCCGGCACCGAGCUGAAGUCCGCCUGCAGACACCUGCCUCUCCGAGAAUAACACAGCGGCAGCAGGAGGAGGCUCAGGGAGCAGAACCAAAGCGAGGACCGCUCUGUGCCAUCCACUCCGUCCUGCGGGAGGACAGGCUGCUGCGCUGCUUGGAGACCGCGGUUUGUUGUCGUUACCAGGAGAGAAAGCUGCUCCGCUUCUGAUUAAGCCGGGCUGCCCUCACAGAGGAACCACUUGCAUGGAUGCACCAUGGCCACGUUCGUCUGCAGGGUUCAGUUUUUAGAUGAUACCGAUCCUUUCAACAGCACCAACUUUCCAGAGCCGACCAGACCCCCCCUGUACUCCUUCAGAGAGGAUAUCCCCCUCAUCAACCAGCUCGCAGGAGUCCACCGGCUCCUCAAAGCUCCGCACAAGCUUGAUGACUGUGCACUUCAGCUGUCCCACAAUGGAACCUAUCUGGAUCUGGAGUCCUCGCUGGCUGAGCAAAGGGACGAGCUGGAGGGCUUUCAGCAGGACGACACAGGGUCCAGAGGGAAGAAGCACAGCGUAAUUUUACGGACCCAGCUGACAGUCCGUGUCCACGCCUGCAUUGAAAGACUAUAUAACUCCAAUGGACGUGACUUGAGACGAGCACUCUUCUCUCUAAAGCAAAUUUUUCAGGAUGACAAAGACCUGGUCCAUGAGUUUGUGAUGGCUGAAGGUCUGACGUGUCUCAUCAAGGUGGGAGCAGAAGCUGACCAAAACUACCAGAACUACAUAUUAAGAGCUCUCGGGCAGAUCAUGCUCUACGUGGACGGGAUGAAUGGCGUCAUUGGCCAUCCUGAGACAAUCCAGUGGCUCUACACUCUCGUUGGCUCGAAGUUUCGUUUGGUGGUGAAAACAGCUUUGAAGCUGUUGCUGGUGUUUGUGGAGUACUCAGAAUCCAACGCGCCACUGCUGAUCCAAGCCAUCACCUCUGUGGACAUGAAGAGAGGCAGCAAGCCAUGGUCCAAUGCUAUGGAGAUCUUGCAUGAGAAGGAUGGAGUGGAUACGGAGCUUCUCGUCUAUGCAAUGACCCUCAUCAAUAAGACUCUUGCAGCACUGCCCGACCAGGAUUCAUUUUAUGAUAUGGUGGAUGGUCUGGAGGAGCAGGGCAUGGAGACCGUUUCCCAAAGACAUCUGGGGAGGAAAGGAACCGAUCUUGACUUGGUCGAGCAGCUUAAUAUAUAUGAGACGACCCUACGGCAUGAAGAUGGUGAUGAUGACAGCCAGCCUCCACCAAUGGUACGCCGGGACCGCAGGCGAGCCAGUGUUGGGGGCGGGGACAAAAGACAUGGCCUGGAGAGGAGGCGGAGCCGCAGGGCUUCUCUUGGACGAUCCGGUUACGCCUCGCCCUGCAGCCCCGCGUCCCCACAGAGAGCCGGCUUCCAACCUUUCAAUGGAAUCAGAUCUGAGGACGUGAGCGAGAGAGUGGAGGAAUGUGAGGAGGAUAGCAUUGAGGAGGAGAAGGAGGAAGAGGAAGAGGAGACUCCUGUGACUGAGUCUGAUUCGGAUGAGCAGGAGGGGGCUAAUGAGACCACCUCCAGCCCCGCUAGACAUCUUCCAUCCAGUGUUCAAAGAACAACCCUUCAGUCCAUCACCAUCACGUCCAGAAAGGAGUCUGUAAAGGAGACAGAGCAGAGGAAUUGGAGUGAACCGAUCUCAGCAACAACUACCACCAGCAGCAUUUCCUCCCCCUCUACCCCAACCCUUUCUCCCACUGUGUCCUGCGCUCACAGUCCUCCAGGACAGCCCUCGCUCCUGGCCACACUGCUGGCCAGAAAAAAGUCUAUCGUCACUGUGCCAGCUACCAAGGAGGUGAGCCCGCCGUUGCGUGGCAGCUCGCGCCCCUCCCCCGACCGCCUGCCCUACCUGCCCCACUCGCCCUUCCACCUCUUCUCGUACGAUCUCGACGAGGAGCCGUCGCCCCCGGCUCUGGGAAAGCCAAGCGAGGAGUCACCCAAACCAACGACUCCCAGGAACGGAGCCCUGACGUCCUACUCCUCUCUCAGUACCCCGAGUACACCUACCAGCUCAAGACCUGCUCUGGGAGGCCUUCUGUCCUCGUCCUACCGCCAGCACCAAGAAUCUUUGGCAGCUGAGCGAGAGCGCCGCCGUGUGGAGAGAGAAGAGAGGCUACAGAAAAUAGAAAGAGAGGAGAGGAACAAGCACAGCCGCGGCUAUGUGGAUAAAAUGGAAGAGGCCCGGCUCGCGCGGGAGGAGAGGUAUAAGAACGUGGAACGUCUGGCGGCGGAAGAGUAUGAGAGGGAGCGCGUCAGGGUGUCGAGGAAUCAACCUGCCGUCGACCUGAACUUUGAACCCUCGGAAGCCUGGCCUCCGUCAUCAUCACGCAGCAGCACGCCGUCUUCCUUCGCCUCCCAGGAGGACGCAGAGGCUGAGCUUGAAGCAGAGACCCCAACUGCCGUUCCCUGCACUCCACCUGAGACUGAAGAAGCCAACAACUUUAGUGCCAGCGUAGACGCAGAGGAGAAAGAGGCAGAAGCCACUGCUGAGGAGGAGGAAGAGGAAGGACGGAAAGAUGUGGAAAUAGAGGAGGAAGUGACAGCAGAAAGGGAAGAGGAAGAAGUUGAGGAACAGGCAGAGGAACCAGAGAAGGAGAGAGAGGAGGCAGAGGAGGACAGUGGCAUCCUGAGCGACAAGGAACGGCAGAAUGAGGAAGUAAAUGAAAAGGACAACUGCUCAGCCUCCAGCAUCUCCUCCGCCAGCAGCACUCUGGAAAGAGAGGAGAGGGGCAGCAAUGAGAGCGGCUUUAAGGAGGCAGAGGUGAAUGAGAACUGCAACAAACUCCUCAACAGCAAACUCUUUAUGCUCGACAUGCUGUACUCCCAGAACAAGAAGCCCAGCGAUGAGGAGGAAGAGGAAGAUGUGGACAAGGAGAAGGAGGAAGGGGAAGGGGAGGACAAAGAGGCUCAGCAGGAUGCAAACAGGCAACCUGGGGAAGACCAAGAGAAGAACAGCAGGGACGAGAAGUCGGACCAUCGCGGCAGCAUCCGACCGAUCGCCGAGCGGUUCGGAGACUUGAUCAAGGACAUCAGCACGACUCACGCUCAUUCGGACAGCCCAGCCAACGAGCCCCCUCCUCCCCCGCCCAAAAAGGAAUCGGACACGAUCUGGGACCAGCUGCUGGCCAGCCCUCGAGAGCUGCGCAUCGGGGACAUCAACUUCACCGACCUGACAGAGGAAGACGACAAGGACAUCCUCGAUGCCGUUUUGAUGGGGGGCUGCGGCGAGCUCCCGCCCCUGCCCCCGCCUCCACCCUGCAUCCCCCGCUUCCCUCCACCCCCACCCAUGUUGGGCAGUUGCCCUCCGCCACCACCCUUAUUUGGCAGCAUGAGGCCUCCACCUCCUCCUUCAUUUAACGCCCUAAUUCCAGUGCCUCCUCCCCCAGAGCCGCCUCUCUUUAACAAAAAGAAGAAGACAAUCAGACUCUUCUGGAGUGAGGUGCGUCCGACAGACUGUCAGUACAGGGACUACAAGAGGAGUGGAGAGUCAUUCUGGUCCAAACUGGAACCGGUGAAGUUGGACACAGCCAAACUGGAACACCUGUUUGAGACAAAGUCAAAGGAAAUACCAGUUACAAAGAAAACAGCGGCCGAUGGCAAACGCCAAGAGAUCAUCGUUUUGGAUUCCAAAAGGAGCAACGCCAUCAAUAUUGGUCUGACAGUCCUGCCUCCACCUCGCACCAUCAAGACAGCCAUCCUCAACUUUGACGAGUAUGCUCUCAACAAGGAGGGCAUAGAGAAAAUCCUGACGAUGAUCCCCACAGAGGAGGAGAAGCAGAAGAUUCAGGAGGCUCAGCUGGCCAACCCUGAUGUCCCGCUGGGCUCUGCAGAGCAGUUUCUCCUCACCCUGUCCUCCAUCAGUGAGCUCUCUGCCAGACUCCAGCUCUGGGCCUUUAAAAUGGACUACGAGGCAACGGAGAAGGAAGUAGCAGAGCCACUGCAGGAUCUGAAGGAGGGUAUGGAUCAGCUGGAGAAGAACAAAACUAUCCGCUACGUCCUCUCUACGCUGCUCUCCAUCGGAAACUUCCUCAACGGCACCAAUGCUAAAGGCUUCGAGCUGACCUAUUUGGAGAAGGUUCCAGAAGUAAAGGACACGGUCCAUAAGCAGUCACUGCUUCAUCAUGUUUGCUCUGUGGUGGUGGAAAACUUCCCUCAGAGCACCGACCUCUACUCAGAGAUAGGAGCCAUCACGCGCUCUGCAAAAGUGGAUUUUGACCAGCUGCAGGAGAACUUGUGUCAAAUGGAGCGGCGCUGCAAAGCCUCGUGGGACCACCUGAAGGUGAUUGCCAAGCACGAGAUGAAGCCCCAGCUGAAGCAGAAGAUGUCCGACUUCCUCAAAGAUUGCGCAGAGCGAAUCAUCAUCCUUAAGAUUGUUCACCGCAGGAUCAUCAACAGGUUCCACUCCUUCCUGCUGUUCCUUGGUCAUCCGGCCUACAGUGUGAGAGAGAUCAGCGUCCACAGGUUCAGUAAAAUCCUCAGCGAGUUUGCGCUGGAGUACCGGACCACCCGAGAGCGUGUGCUGCAGCAGAAACAGAAACGAGCCGACCAUCGCGAGCGCAACAAGACCCGAGGAAAGAUGAUCAUGGACGUAAACACUCCUUCUGAUGAUGAAGAGGAGCGUGAGUGUGGUCGGAGUAGCGCAGGGAGCAACAACAGCGCCCCCAGUGGGGGUCAGGAAAUUGAGCAGCCUCAGGGUUUGGAGCAUGCCGAGGAUGCUGCAGAGCACGAGCACAUGAAAGCGGUGCUGAGAACCAGCCUCAGUGGCAGUGACAAGGAGGGCAGCGGCGUGCCGGGACUGCGGACACGGACCAGGUCACGGCCUGGACGAGGAGGACGCAGCAUGCAGGCAUGGACUCCGCCUGUGGAGGACCCUCAGAUCUGUGGAGAUGAUGCUGCAGACGAAAUCAUGGAGCGCAUAGUGAGGUCAGCCACUCAGGGUCCAGGAACCAGAACCCAGCCCAGAGAGAGGAGGAGAUCCAGGGCCAACCGCAAAUCAUUGAGGCGGACGCUGAAAAACGGCCUGACGCCAGAAGAAGCUCUCGCUUUAGGGCUAACUGAUUCCCCAGAGCCACAGAUGUGAUCAUCCACCUCUCGCCGUGAAAACUCAGCUUCAGAUGUCUGUGUGAAAUCUCUGUCAGCCUUUGUCCUUUUAGGUUUUUCCCAGCGGCUCUUUCUGCCUGAUGUUUCUGAGUGAAGAGGCGGCAUUACGACAUUUUCACCUUCCAGAAGAAACAGUGGAGGUCACGAGGGAAUGCUUCUCAUAAGGACUGAUUCUGUUCAGUUAGGCAAGGAAAAGGAAAAUGUAUUCAAGUGACGCUGCCUCUACACUGAAUUAUUUAUUUAUCUGAAAAGGAUUUGAAUGCUGGGAUGAUUUUCGCUUGUGAGUGUCAGCAGCUGUGACGUCACCGUUUUUGGGGUUUGUGUUUUGUUUUGUUUUU